CCGCUGCUGGAAAUACCCUUCAGCUCCGGUUGCUGUGUUGCAAUCCUGGUGGAGAAACGCCUUCCUUGAGUGAAGAAGAGUGUCAUGACGGCUCUGCCCAUAGCCACUGGAAAAGGGUAUUUCGGUUUAAAAGAGUUCCUGUCUGCUUAUAUAGCCUUCAUUAUUCAUUUGCAAGAGCAUGUUGAAGUCCCCUUCCUUGAUCUGUUUCCCCAAACAGACAAGUUUGAUUAAAAGAUCAAUCUCAGCUCUGGAGAUGAAUGCUUUCGAAGAUGAAACUACUUUAAAUAUGUCAGCUAAUUUCAAAACCAGCAUGAAAGAAUUGAAGGUUAUGAAGCAAUGGUUAGCUGAGCCAGAGGCUGAGCCAGAGAUUGGGAAAAGCUCCUCUACCAAGCAUCUAUUGAAUCAAAUCUGUAAUCAUCCUCAGUCAACACUGACAGACAUACCAGUAGAAAAAAUGCCUACUUUGGCUGGACAGAUGAUGGUAACCAUUAUGCUUGGUGGGGCCCUGCUCUUCUGGACAUGUCUGAACACCUGCCUGCCCAUGGGAAGCAGUGAAUCAAUUCCUUGUUUUGCUUUCCUUGCAGUUCAGUCUGCUGGGACCACCACAUGCAUCAGACUGUGGAGGUGCUUCAGGAGGGGAUAUCACACACAUCAUCUUCAUGGAGCUGACAGAGGACAGGACCUCCUAAACCACUGUGCUUCUUCUUCAAACAUGCCUGAUUCCACCGUGACUGUACCCAGGGAUAUUGCCUGGAUAGGUGCUGCUGACUCUGUCCUGCUUCCACUGCCACCUGCCCAUUCCCGUCCCUCAGGAAGAAUGUAACUCCAAGUAGUAAACACAUCUGAGCCCAGUGGAGCUCAUGCUCUGCAGUGCCAGUGCUGGAGGCAGCCAUGGUGAACGAAAUGGCGGCAAAGGCAAGUCAAGAGGAGCCAAGCAAAGCCAAGCCCAAGCUCAACAGAGCAGAGCAGUCCAGAGCAGACAGUGCUCUGUGGAGUCACACCAGUGGAGGGGUGAACUAAUAAUUAUUAGUUCUUUAAGAUAACUAUAAUGUUGUUGCUGUUACUGUACAUUUCUUAUUCUAUUGCUGUUUGUUUUAAUUAAAUUGUUAUCUCUGCCUUUGUUUGUCCCUCACCAGAGGGCAGUGGGAGAAAGGGGAGCAGCUUAUCUGUGGUUUAAUUCCCAGCUUGUUUUAAAUCACCACGCUCUAGUUUACAUGCUGAUGACUGACAAGCUCGGUGUUCAUGCAGUUACAAACUAUUAAUUUUGUGAUUUAAGAAGAAAUUCAUACACAGGUCUUUAAAUGACCAGUUAUCUUAGAGAACAAAUAAUUAUUUAAUUACAGGAUUUCCAAAUUAUACUUUAAUUUUAAUUAGAGCUGUUCAGAAGCUAUGAACUAAAGAAAGAAAACCUGCAUAAUUGAAGACUAGCUCUUUAGUAACUAUACUGAGUAUCAAGCAGAAAAAAUGUGUUAAAGUAGUCUCAAUAGGAAGCUCAUCGUACAAGAAUGAUUAGCCUUGUUUUCUAAUAAUAGAAUUAUCUAAUAUUCCAUUCUUCUCUCCUAGCUAUUUUUGAGAGCUUGCAGGCAAAAGUACAUUUUUUUUCCCAGCAAUAUUGAAAACUUGCUGACUUGCCUAAUCCCAUUAAGAAUUACAGUGUAAUACUUACAAUAAGAAUAAUAUGUUUAUAGUGCAUUUAUUUCUGUAUCGAGGCACUGCAAAUAGUCUGUCAGAUUUUAUAGUAAAUGUGAAACUUCUCAUACAUAUACUUAAAAAGAGAAGUAAAUGGGACAUAUAUAUAAGAAAAGGGCAGCAGAUAGAGGAUUGUUUUUGUGGAGAUAAAAAUCCAAGUAACCUGGGUGUGACUAUGUGGUAUUUACUCAGGCUACUUUUCUCAGCUGUUGCUCUCCAUCAAUCCUUGCUGUAACGUCACUGCAGAGGUUUGUGUAAAAGGGCUGGGUCAGUGCAAAGGGGACCAAAGAGCUCUGUUUCUGAUCAGGAGAGGCCAUCCUUCGCAGGAGAUGUAGAUGAGAUCAGAUAACACUUCUGAAGGCCUGCAACUUUCAGUUUAGCUGCUGUGCUAGGAUAGGGCUGGAGGUGCUUGCAGCAAGUCAUAGGUGAAGCUGUGAUCUGCAGCACUGCUGAGAUUUUAGAUGACACUGUGCCACUUGCUUGACACUUGAGCUAUUUAUGGCUUUUAACACCUAAGUUAUACCAUGCAAUCUUUGUCUGACAAAUUGCAAACUCUGUUUUUCCUCUCUUUGCUGUUGUUUUCUGGGAUGUGGGAGUGUGAGUGUCUGCAGUGUGGGCUGUACCUGUGUAGUUGCAUUCAAAAACAAACUGCAGUUAGGCACUAUUUUGGCACUUGAAAUCCUGAACCCUUAAUAAUUCUCUUAGAAGCCCUUCUCGGUGAAACAUUUCAGUGUGUGUGCUGGGAGAACAUCUCUCCAUUCCGGCCCCAUGUGCAGAAGUGCUCUUAAGCCAUCAGCUUGGUAAACUAAAGCACCUGUGGCACAGCAUCCUCUGUGUGGCAGCUCAGGGAUUCUACCCAAGAAGGGAGUCACAGACCCAGCUCAAAAUUUGUUCCAGUUGCUGGUGACCGUGACUCUUAUUUUGAGAAAGGUAAAUGAAUGCAAAUGAAAAAACAGAAGUAGUUUGUCUUGAAGAGGUGAAAGCAUGCCUCUGGUGAAACUGCAGGCUGUAAGCUGAAAUGUUGGAUUAUGACAGCUGGUGCAGAUGUCAGUAUGUGUACUGAUUUGAUUGUCUGAAACAAGAUAGUAACACAGUGGUGGAGCUGUGCAGACCAGCAGAAUGAUGAUGAAAUGUGAACAACGUGACUGAUUUAUAUACCAAAGUAUACAGGUCAGUAAGGUAAAUGAGGCCUGUACAGAUGUAGGUACUAUAAUCUCUUCCUGAAACUUGGUUAUAAUAGCUAUACACAUUCCCUCUUCCUCUUUCCUCUGCUUUUUUGUUCUGCUUCACUGUCUCUGGUAUUCAUUAUACUACAGAAAAUUGUAGAAUAACAUACUUUUGCUGCAUUCAAAAAUAUUGAGCAAGUCUGAAAUAUUGCAGAAGUGAAAGCUGGAUGUAGAUUAAGAGAGCUGGCUAUUUUAGAAAUGCUGGAAGUAUUUUCUGUCAGUUGUCAGUAUUUGGGAUGGUAUGUAGGGUAGCCAUCUUAAAGGGUUUGUGACAACUGCAGCUCCCUAACUCUCCUCUGUUUUGGAAGAUAACAACAGAUGGAUUACUUGUUUAGCAAAAACAAGGUAGCCAGGAAUACAACAGAGCCAACUGCACUGAUAUCCCAAUCUUUCCCUAAUAAUCCUUUAGUGCAGCUACUGAUGUGACUCUUUAUGGUCAAGUAGGAAUGACAAAACACAGUUCAACAUGAACAGUGAAGCCUUCCUACCUUCUGUUUUGGGAAACAGUGGCCAGGAUUUCCCCAAACAAUUUUUCUUUAAACAAAAUAUAAUUUAAAAAAUUAAACUGUUGAGUGCAAAAUGAGAAAUCUCUGCAUAUUCAGUGAGAAAGAAGGAAAUCGUUAACUCAAAAUGUUACAGCAAAAUUAGAGUUGAAUUAAUUUCUCAGAAGUGUCAGAAAGCAUUAGAUAGUUAAUUCUCCUUUUCAAAAGCAUCAUGUGCAUUUAUGUACUUUAAAGUAUUCCAGUAGAGGACUAUCUGUGCAUUUAGGUGUCUCUAUAAAUCUGAAAAUCUGGAAUGUGGUUGAUUGUUAAUUUACCUUUCAUUUAAAAACAGUAUGAUUAGGGUAAAUCAGAAACUUUUGGGCAGAAGGUUUUACCAUAAAAAAGGUUGGUUUUGUUUUACACUUUGUGAAAGCAUGCACAUUUCAUAGAAUUCUUGUUUAGACAAAAGACCAGGAAAAAACCCCAAUUUAUUUCCCUUCUAUUUUUACAUUUACAGAACAGGAUUCUUUGACUUUUCUUGGAAUCAACUCUUUUCUGUUUUGAGAAGUUGUGUUUCACUUUACUCAAAAACCUGAAAGGAGCUUAAAUGUUAAUUAGUUUAAAAUAAAAUCUUAGUCCAUUAAAAACAAAAUUUCAUUUGGAAUAUGGCUUCUCAAGGGUGUUUCAUUUUUCUGUUUACUCUCUGAACCAUAAAAAGCGUUCAGAGUUAUUCUCUACAAAACCAAAAAGUCCAGCUUUUCAAUCAAUGUGUGACUAUUCUUUUUUGAAAAAUUUACUCAAACUUGUGAUUUUUCUUGUGCCACUUUGCCAGCAAGUGAUAAAUGCUCUAGGUUUCCAUGCUCAGUGUUAAGAAUAUGGUGGGUUUUUUGUGUGUUCUUGUGGUUAUAUCUAGUACCUAGCAAUUUUUAGAAGUACAUGAUUCUACCAUUUCUGUUUCCUGUGAGUACUUUGUUUUACUGCAACAGAACAUAAAUAUGGUAAAAUAUACAGAUGAAAGCAAAAUGCUGAAGUUCAAGGAUUUUCCUUAGGUUUUCCUCUCUCCUCUUCACACUUCUGUUCUCCAAACAUGUGAUCCAGAUCACUCUCUUCAGAUUCAAGCAUGAGCUCAGAUUCCAAGCUAACCAGGAAAAUUAACUAUAAUGAGUAGCGAAAAAACUUGCAAUUGAGUUUAUAUGAAAAAAAUGAUGCAGUGUCAAGAACAAACAAAACAGGAAGAAUAUUACAUCAUAGGGGAAAAUAUCUACAGGGGUCUGAAAACAUAGUAAGUGAGUUAUGAUAAACACACUGGAUUUUUAUGUUGAUGAAAAUAUUUUUAUUUAUGGACACCAACAAAUAAAAGUCCUUCAUAAUCCAACAUGGUUAUUUUCCCUGGCAAUUGAAUUUUGUAUGUAUUUUUUCAGCUGC